AUGACUGAUGAUUCUUCCGACGAACGAUUCGAAAACGUCACUCGUACAUAUGCCGUUUCGGAGAAAAAUGCCAGAUGGACAAAGAUUUCUCUAACUAGUUUAAAACUUUCAGCAAAACGAAACUCAUGUAGAAAAUGUCGAUUCGACGUGUGCCUCCGGAAAGGAAUGCGUCGAGACGCUGUACAAACAGAACGGGAUAGAAUUCGACCUCUGAAUGCAAUGUUGAACGGUACCUCUGGAGAUGAUCCCUUUUUGGAUACACUGAUCAGAGCAGAACAGUCGACAAGGGGUUUACGAACAACAGUGAUCACAAAAACAGCAGAAGCACGAAAACAAGCGACAACAGUUGACGUGACAGACAGUAUGAAUCAGCAGUUAACACUAAUGGUCGAGUGGGCAAAAGUUCUCGAUGGAUUUCAAAGAGUUGAUAGUGCCACACAAGUUGCUCUCCUCAGAAACUUCUCAGCACAACAUCUAGUGAUGUGUGCAGCGUUUCGAAGUAUUCACUUAUCAGAUGCAGUAUGGUUGACAAAUGAGACGUGUCUGCAUAAGGAUAGUCCCAAAAUUCCAGAUAUGAACCGUGUCGCCGCCCGUAUCAUUGAUCAAGUGACAACACCGAUGAGACAAUUACAUAUCAAUGAAAUCGAAUACAUUGCACUCAAAGCUAUAGCAUUUUUCGAUCCAUUGGCAAAGGGGAUAUCAAGUGAAUCGUACAGUGAUGUGGAGGACAUGAGGCAAAAAGUUCUGGAAUCCUUCGAACGACACGUCCGUUUCGUGUCUCCAUAUAAAGAUAUGCCUCUUCGAUUCGCCAAUUUGCUUCUCCUUCUUCCUCCAAUGCUGGCCAUUUCAAGAGAUCUCGUUGAAGACGUUCAACUUGCAAAACUAUUCGGACUCGCCUCAAUCGAUCAUUUAAUGCUCGAAUUGAUGCUGCCCAACGAGAAGAAUGCCAAUGAUAAUAAUACGACUCAAUCGCCACUUACGUGCCAGAAAUAA